ACACAGAUAUCGAUCUAUUCCCGCAAGUUUCCGAAUAUAUAACAAAUAAUUUUGCUAAAUUACUACAAAUCUCAAAAUAUCCAAUGAAUGAAUUAAUGUAGCAUUUCACUUACCUCGUUACACUCCUUGAACGUCGAUACAUAUUCCUAUACGUCUAUUGCGAUAAAAAUUUGAACUCAAACAUUGCAAAGGAAAAUCAGUUACAAAGAUAUGUUAUUUAGCAUUUUACUUUUUCUAUAGAAUUCCGAUCAAUCUAAUUGUCUUAUAAAUUAUGAAUCGUUAGAUGUAUACAAUAAACAAACUUAACACGAUUAAUAUUUAUCUUUUUGAGAAAUAUCCGUGACCGUACAAACGAAAUAAUUAUCAUUCUUAUACUAUCAAACGCGUGAUUGAUAACAGCAAUCUUUUAUUAUGGAUUUUAUUAUCUUACUGAAGAAUUAUGUUUAUCUUAUUAAACGAUUACACUUCGUCCAUCUUUGAUGUAUCUUUAGUUUAGUGUACUAUUUUCAACCAGUUAGAUAUUUCUUAUAUCUAGAUUAUUCUAGAUUUAAUUGGCUACAUAUCUAGUCAAAUAGAAAUUAUAUUAUAAGAGAACAGUUCAAAUAGUUCCAAUCAAAAUGACAGAAAACUGUUUUAUUAUUGAUUGUGAUGCUGGUAUAGAUGAUGCAUUAGCACUAAUAAUACUUAUUACUGCUCAUAAGAAAAAAGAAAUUCAAAUCAAAGCAAUUACUUGUGUUAAUGGAAACACUACAGUAGAGAAUGUAGUUAAAAAUGUGUUUAGGACAUUAAAUGUUUGUGAGGCAACAGACAUACCAGUUUUUCAAGGAGCACACGAACCCAUACUUAUUACAUGGCAUACUGAAGAAGCAGUGAAAGACCAGUACCAUGGUAGUGAUGGUUUUGGAGAUGUAUAUAAUGAUGAAGUAGAUACAAAUAAAUUGCAAACAGAACAUGCUGUGUGUGCUAUGCAUAGAAUUAUGUCAGAGAACCCAAAUCAAAUUAGUCUUGUAUGUUUGGGUCCUCUAACAAAUGUAGCAUUAGCUAUAAAAAUGUAUCCACAAUUUCUUAACCAUAUAAAGGAUUUUUACAUCAUGGGAGGAAAUGUAACGGCACAGGGUAAUAUUACACCGCAAGCAGAAUUUAACUUUUAUAUGGAUCCAGAAAGUGUCCAUAUAGUAUUUAACAAUAACAAGAAACCUUUAUGGUUAUUACCAUGGGAAACAUGUUUGAAGUCUUGUAUUCCACAUGACUGGAGAAAAAAUGUACUAGGUCAAAUAGAUACACCCUGCAUGAAACUCAUGAAUGACAUUGAAGAAGGAUGUAAAAGGAAAAUGAAAAAACAUUUUCCUACAUACAUUAUGUGUGAUGCAAUUUUAGCUGGAAUUUUGUUAAAACCAGAAAUUGCCAAAAAUGUUGUAGAAUAUCAUGCUGAUAUUGAAUUAAAUGGUAAUAGAACAAGAGGUCAAGUAGUACUUGAUCAUUUAUUGACAAACAAGCCCAAUGUGUUUUUAAUUCAACAGUUUGAUUCAGAAAUAUUUAAAGAUCUAUUAAUAUCUUCUGUUAAUGCAUAAUGUAAUCAUUGAAACAAUGAUAACAUAAUAUAAAUAAUAAUAUAACUGUACAUAAAUGUAUGUUUACAUAUUCUUUUUCAUGUGUGCUCUAUAAUACAUUACAAUAAGAGCAAUUCUAUAUGCUACUGAAUUACCUCCAAUAGGAAUGUUUAAUUCUUAAACAUUGCAACAAUAUAUUACAUUGUACCAAGGAAUAUGUACGACUGUAAUACAUCUAACUGUCUCGUUAUAAAAUAUAUUUACAUUAGACAAUCUGCAAAAAAAUAUACAUAAUAGUUAUUUACAACUUACAAUACUUUAUACCGCUAAAAAAAACGUAAAUAAUGCAUAAUUUAU